CCGUAUUAUAACAUGAUAUUUAUUUAAUAAUUUAUUUGCUAUCAUAUUUUAAAUUUCUACAACUAAUAGGGAAACGAAAAGGUCAAAAAAGGAAUCAUGUGGCGCAUGUUAGCAAAAGCUGUGUUUAUGAAAUGCAACCACCGAAUCUCAGCCUUAUAAAUACCCCACCACCACCACUUCCCAAAUUCCCCUCCCCCCGCCAGAAAACCUCCAUUGAUUCUCUUCCGACCUUCAAUUUCCCACACACAGUCACACAACAAUGAAUCAGAUCCAUCUCUCUGCAAAUCAAUUCGUGAUAGAAGCCUCGGUUGCGGAAUCUAUUGCCGAAUCACUGAACCUCCCCUCCGUGCUCCACCUCCUCCCCCACCUCGUCCACUCCGCGCAGGCCUUGGCCCGGCCCCCAAUCUCCAAUUUCAAUGUCGGCGCCGUCGGUCUCGGCUCCGACAGCCGCGUAUUCGUCGGCGUCAAUCUCGAAUUCCCCGGCCUGCCGCUCCACCACUCCGUCCACGCGGAGCAGUUCCUCCUCACGAAUCUCGCCGUCCACCGCUGCCGCCGCCUCCUCUCCUUCGCCGUCUCCUCCGCCCCGUGCGGCCAUUUCCGCAAGUUCCUGCAGGAACUCCGCCACUGCUCCUCCGUCCAAAUCCUCGUCAUCAAUGAAGAGAAUUGCGCUCAGAACAUUGACCAUGUAGAGAAUCGCAAACCCUUAUCCAAAUUUUUACCCAAUCCGUUCGGCCCGCACGAUUUGCUCGAUCACGAAUGCUGGCUUCUGCUCAAUCAACACGACAAUUGGCUGGAUCUAUUGCCCCCAAAUGCCGUCAAUUCUGUAAUUUCGGUGGAGAAGGAAGGUGCUAAGGUCAGGCAUGAAGAUACUGCAAGGCUUGUGUUGAAGGCAGUUUCGCCCAAGUGUGAUUUUCGGGUAUUUUACUGUCACUCUGGCUGAAAAAGAAAAAGUACCGAAAACACGAAUAAACCUCUGGCUAUUCACGAUUCGAAUUCCGGUGAUCUGGGAUUAAGAUUAAUGCAACUGUAGAUUCGAUCUUGCAAAUUAUUAUUUAUGAUGAUCAAUGAAUAACUGCAAUUUUUGUUUUUCUCGAGUUUUGCUGUUGUUGUUCCUCUGUAUUUCCUAUUUGUACUACUUGUCAAUUACAACUGAUCAUUGAGCUUUGUCUAUAAGACUAUAACAUC